AUGCGGGGUAAUACGCGACUUGAACAGCUCCUCCAACAUCUUCAACUGUCCAACUCUUCCACACAGCCCGUUGCAACACUCAACAUGCACGCCUGGAUCGAUCCCCCCCUUCGCGAUGGAGAAGACGGGGAUGAGCGGGAACCCACUGAAUCCGAAGCCAUCGCCAACAUCGACCAGUGGUAUCAAGAAGGACGACCGCUGUUUCCCCGCGAUUCCCUCCAAGAUGUGCGCGACCAGCUGCGGAAGCCCCUCAAAAAGGGCGACUCCAUUUACGUGAAAGCGUUCGAUGGGUCGAUCUACGAAUGGCCUGUGAAAACCGGCGACAUCAAAACAGUUUGGGAGCCCGACGAUGAGACGGGAGAGGAGAAACGGGUGCAAUGGGUGCUGACCACCCCGCACAUUUCUUAUCGCUCAUUUACAGGGCUUAAAGAGGUGCUAAAAUACAGCCUGUCACAGGCGUAUUGCAGCGUGGGGAUAGAACACUGGAUGACCCGCGUCGGCCGCGGGCCCGAGCACGAACAACUGGGAAAUUCUGACUCAGGACUGGAGUUUCUGGACACUACAUUGCGGAACUGGGAGGGUAGCGAAGCAUGGAGGGACAUCAAAUCCACACUCUCGUCUUUGAACCUCAAUAUCAAGAUCGGCAAGGUGAUAGGUAUGGCAUGCGGGUCUUUCACACCGACAUUGGACUGCCGAGGAUCCAGAAGAUCAGCCGUUCAACAUGCACUCCUCUUAACGCUAAAGAGCUUUCUGCAGGAAAGCAAUUUAGGCACCACUGAUGUCGCGUGCUACGUCCAGGACCCAGGAUAUUCCAAUACUGAUUGGCUGGUUCUUCAAAGAUCAGAUAUCAAGGUGCUCGAGGACCCGGAGGGCUUCCUCGAAAUGGAUGAUGCUUCCCUCGUGUUUUCCUGCAGCCCCAACAUUUGUGUCAAGGAGAUUGUUGCGGACAUUGCUCGACCGCCCAUUCUCAUCUGGUGUACUGUCAAAGAGGAAGAUCCGGAAUGCCCCCUCACCGAUCCAGACUCUCCGCGGGUCAGGGAGAUGAUCCGAACGUGUUACGAUCAGUUUCCGUUCCCCGAGGAUCAUGAUGAUAACUUUACGUGCUUGACGAUAUACGUCAAGAAACAGUGCCAAGUUCCACAGUAG